AUGGCCAAAGCAGGCUGCACAGGGCCAGACUGCACGUUUCUCGGCGACCGACUCAACUCACCGGCAGUCAAGGGGCGAUGCACGGACACGCGUGGAUACGUUGCCAACGCCGAGAUCAACGAAAAGACACUUCUGGGCGACAACGUCAAGUCGUGGCACGACCACGCUUCCAGCUCUGAUAUCAUGGUCUACGACGGCACCGAAUGGGUCGCCUACAUGUCGCCGACGACCAAAGCAACCCGGCGCAACUACUGGAGGGGCAAGAACUUCCGAGGCACCAUUGACUGGGCCGUCGAUCUCCAAGACUUUCACGACGACGACAUGUUAGGGCCCGACAACCAACGGCCCGACGAUCCGCCCCCGCCCAGAGAAGAAUGCAAGGGCGUCUAUGACAAGCUGGAAGACAUCCCCCUGGACGCUUCCUACGACUGUCGUGGUCUCUACGUCCUCUACGCCCUUCGGAGCAUGCACCGAGACUCGUUGGAGAAGUAUGACAAGCUGUUGGACGGCGGCUACGACAAAAAAUUCAACACGUAUGCCGACGCCGUCGUCCGGAGCGGCAAUAAGCAGGUCAUCAACUUCAUGUACACCAAGGGCAAGGAAUAUUUUGACUGUACCAUCACAGAGACCAUCAGCUCCUGCAAGCUGUGUCGCUCUGACGGCCGUGCCACUAAUAAGGGGUGUCGUUUUUGCGAAGACUGGGAUUGCCGGGACCCCAUUUGCAACAACCCUGAGGUCAACUGCGACGGCGUCAAGUAUCGAUACCGCAACAUCACGGCCGCCUGUCCGCCUGACUACUCGGACCGCUCCGAGGACCAGCCCGACUUUGAGCACAAUAGAUUUACCCGUGCAUCGACGUAUUGGACCCUGAGGAACGACCGACAAGAAGCCUUUUGGAGCGAUCUCUACCUGGAGACCGGCAUAAAAAAGGAAAAGAUUGCCUGGCAAGACGUGACCCGGUACGAGUGCGAGCCGACAGAGCCCAAACAGGAGUGCCGGAAUCAUAACCACGACUUUAAUUUUCCCGUUACGUCUUCGUACAAGAGAGAAGACGUCCUCAACCCCAAGGAUGUCUUUACCAAGGCGCACGGAAAGCUGAAGACACUUGGCAGCGUCGAUGACUUAAUCGACGCCCUCAGUCUGCCCAUCACCAUGGUCAGGCAGGCCGUCGAAGGUAUGUCUAAGAUCGACGAUAUCGUCGACGAGUGGGAGGCGGCCAAGCGUAAGAACAUCAUCCUGGCCUUCCUCUCGGCCAUCUUCUUCUUUAUCCCCAUCAUUGGUGAGGUAGAUGGCGCCGUGGCAUCCCUCGCCGGCGUGGCGCGCAUUCUCGCCACCAUUGGCGUCGCCGGAGACGUCGCCCUCGGCAUAUACGAGAUUGUCGACGACGUCCACAACGCGCCCCUUGCCAUCUUUGGCCUGAUUCUCGAGCCCCUGGCCCUUGUUGACGUGGCUAAGAUUUCAAAGGCCGCCCGCGUGCGCCGUGCCAUGUCCGUCGACGAUGAGCGGAAGCUGUUUGGCGCAAAGUCGGUCGAGCGCCUCGAUGCUAUCAGAAAGGUCCACAACAUCUGCAAGCUGGGAAACAAGAAGCGCGAGUUGCCCAUAGGGUCCUUGCCAAUGUCAAGUCUAACGGGUGUUUCGUACGAUUUACUCGAUGGCAAGUUGGCAACCUAA